AGACCCUUUUAAAGGGGGAGGUCAGACAUAGCACGCUUUUGCUUGUUGAGCUGGACAAUCCGACGUUUAUUUAGGGGACGAGGCCGGGGGUUGCGUGCAUAGUGCUCUCAAAAUCCCAUUUUUCCUGUUCUGGGUUUUUUGGGCAAAGGGAAUCUUUAUCAUCUUCUGUCCCUCUUUUUCUCUUGCCUCCUCUUCUUCUUCAUCUGAGAAAAUCACCCUUCCUUUACAAUAUACCUUCCUAUCUCGCAUAAAGAGAGAGAGAGAGAGAGAGAGAGAGGAGGUGUAUCCACUAAGCGUGCCAAUAAUUAAAACCAAAGUCAUAUAUCAUUCCUCCCUAUCAUAGCUCUCUUUAUUUGCUUUUGGGAGAGCGUUGAUCAUUGCUAGUUUUCUCUCUCUUUCGCUUUUGCUUGGUGGGGGUUUUUGUUUUUGUAUCUGUUCUUCUCGGGCUGGUUAUAAGAACCUAAGAUAUGGGUGGUUUUUUCAGUUUGUGCUCCUUGUGUUUCCCUCGAGUGUUUUGAUUCUCUGAAAGGCCGUGUCUCGUUCUUGAUACCUGGUUAAUGCUUUUGGCUGGUUUUUAAGGAUGUGGGUCUUCGUGACUCUUUGCGUUGGCUGAGUAGCUACGAUUCCUAGGAUAGUGAAACAAGUACGUUUUUUUCUUUUUGCCCUCCCUCAACCAGUCACUUUUGAGUCUCUCUUCUGGGUGGUAGCAUAUGGAAGGAGUUUCAGGAAAUGGACUGGCCGGUCCUCAACUACUGGAUUUGAUGCCCAAUAACAGAGAAUGGCUUGUGAUGAUUGAUGGAGCCAAAGCUCGUGGUUCUUCAGAAGAGAAAAAGCUGGAGCUCAGACUUGGUCCACCAGGCACUGAUGACUGGUGCAACCUAAAACAGGACACGAACAGCAAGAGAAGAGACGAGGCACUCCUCUCCUUCGGCCGCUUGCCUUCCAUGGCAUCCGCACAAAUCGCCGCCAACAAUGGUGGGCACCAAGCCCACAAGUUUGGCUCCUCAGAAGCGCUGGCAUCUCCAUGGCCUGGUACAAGUUACAAAGAGAAUUGCCAAAAACUGCAAGAGCAAGAGCAGAUGAAGCCACCCAGGUCAUAUCACCAGUUCCCAUCAACGAUCUCUCAGGGCAAGAACUUGCCUUUCUCGCCUAAGGAGGCUUCACAGUCCAACUGCAACCAUAAAGGUUUGAACUUGCAGGAUUCAGGAGUGAAGAAGGCAUUUUCACAAGCCUCUGCCUCUGCCUCUGCUGCAAAUACAGCUGUUCCCAGUGUCUCUCAGAAAAGAACUGCGCCUGCUCCAGUGGUGGGGUGGCCUCCAAUUCGUUCAUUCAGGAAAAACAUCACCAGCAACAGUUCCGCCAAACCAUCUCCUGAGCCUCAAAAUGACACCCCAAACAAGGUAGCUAGGGAAGACAAACCCGUCGAAACCUGCGAAAAGAAGGGCAUGUUUGUGAAGAUCAACAUGGAUGGUGUCCCCAUUGGAAGGAAAGUUGAUCUCAAAGCCUAUGACAGCUAUGAGAAGCUGUCAUCUGCUGUUGAUGAACUCUUCAGAGGCCUUCUUGCAGCCCAACAAGAUUCCUCAGCUGGUGGAAUCAACAAGAAGCAAGAGGAGGAGAAACCAAUUACAGGUGUAUUGGAUGGGAGAGGGGAAUAUACCCUUGUUUAUGAGGAUAAUGAAGGAGACAGGAUGCUUGUUGGGGAUGUGCCAUGGCGCAUGUUUGUAUCCACCGUCAAGCGAUUGCGGGUGCUGAAAAGCUCUGAAGUUUCCGCGCUGUGCCUUGGUACCAAGCAUGACAAGAACAGCCUUGAAAUGAAGACUAAUCAGAAGAUUUUUUCAUGAAGGAUUCCCCGAGGAAGAGAAGACACUAUCUUGUGUUCAUGUUUGACAUUUGACUUGAGAUCUUUGAUCAAUGAGAAGUAAAAUUAUCUGUGAGCUAACUGCGUAGGAUUUCCGAAGUAGGAUUUCCGAAGCAACGUUGAUUCGAGAGGAUCGUUUGGGUUUGCUCUUGUUGGUGAUAUCCUCUUGGUUUUUGUAAAAAGACAGCAGGAACCGGUUUUGGGUUCAUGUAAUAUUGAAUGCUAAGAAGUUAUGUGAGAGAUUUUCAGAUA